AUGCAUGGAUCAAAAGCGAAUGAAGAAUUGUUUGCUGAAUAUCCGCUUGUUGGAUUUCUCUUGCGAACGUUGAAUGUCGCCGAAGUAAAAGAUGUUGUUCUCAGAUCAUUCGAUCGAUUUACUGUAACUAAGUUGAAAAAUGAAGUGUCAGCGCAUUAUCAAAAUCAAUUUUUUAAACAAAUUCAUGUUCUUAUACUUGGUUUGGAUGUAUUAGGUAACCCACUUGGUAUUAUUCGAGGAAUAGCUGAAGGAGUAGAAUCAUUAUUUUAUGAGCCAUACAAAGGUGCAAUCGAAGGUCCAUUGGAAUUUGCUGAAGGUAUGGCUACUGGUGUUUUAACAUUGGUCGGCUCAACUGUCGGCACUGCUGCUGGUGCAGUUUCAAGAAUAACUGGUGUGAUUGGAAAAAGUUUAGCAACACUUACAUUUGAUGACGAAUACAAAGCUUCACGUAUUCGUCGUAGAGAACCAGCAGCCAAUGCAGUUACAGAUAUUGCUGUCGGCGGAAAGAAUGUAGUUAUGGGAUUUGUCAAAGGUGUCACUGGUGUCGUUACAAAACCAGUAACUGGUGCAGUGCACGGUGGUGCAUCAGGUUUGGUGAAAGGUUUAGGAAAAGGUUUAUUGGGUCUCGUAGCACAACCCACUGGGGGUAUUGUUGAUUUUGCUAGUACUUCACUUGAUUUAGUUAAACGUACGGCUACCCAAGAAAAAGUUGUUCGUCGUGUUCGAUAUCCGCGUCAUGUUGGUCGUGACGGUCUUGUUCGUCCAUAUAUUCCUCAUGAAGCGAUGGGUUUAUAUAUUUUGAAUCGACUUGAAAAUAGACGAUAUGCAAAGACGGAUACCUAUGUUGCUCAUAUUGCAUGUUCGGAAAGUCCAUUGAGUUGGCUCAUAGCUACUUCAAAACGUAUUUUAUUUGUUACAGAAAUUUCAUUUCUUGGUAUUUAUGAGGUUGAUUGGAAAAUGAGUUACAUAGAACUACAAGAAAUACCUGUUAUCAUACCUGAUAAAAAGGCAAUUCAAAUUUUAGUCAAAGUAAGGAAAUAG